AUGGUCAGUUUUCUCGUCCUGAGCACCCCCUACGGAUCCCAUAGUAGCCAUGAAUACGGUUUUGACGCGAUCAUCGACGUUGGAAUAGGUGGAUGUGGUAAUUUAGAGAUGGAUGCACGCGGACCGAAAAAACACUUGAAGCGCCUUGCUGCACCCUCCUCAUGGAUGCUGGACAAGUUGAGCGGUACCUAUGCUCCCCGUCCUUCUCCUGGUCCUCACAAGCUCCGUGAAUCGCUCCCCCUGACCAUCUUCCUUCGCAACAGGUUGAAGUAUGCGCUAAACGGCCGCGAAGUUACCUCAAUCGUCAAGCAGCGAUUGAUCAAGGUCGAUGGCAAAGUGCGCACGGACACCACCUUCCCUACCGGCUUCAUGGACACCAUCUCUAUCGAAAAGUCCGGCGAGCACUUCCGUCUCCUUUACGAUGUCAAAGGCCGUUUCACCAUCCACCGCAUCACAGCUGAGGAAGCCUCCUACAAGCUCCUCAAAGUCCGCAAGGUCGCUCUCGGUGCCAAGGGUGUCCCUCAUGUUGUCACUCACGACGGCCGCACCAUCCGUUAUCCCGACCCUGCCAUUAAGGUUAACGACACUCUCAAGUUUGACCUUGAGUCGGGAAAAAUCACCGAAUUCGUUCACUUUGACACUGGAAACAUUGUGAUGAUUACCGGCGGACGUAACAUGGGUCGUGCUGGUGUCAUCACGCACCGCGAGAAGCACAUUGGUGGUUUCGAUAUCGUGCAUGUCAAGGAUUCCUUGGACAGGACCUUCGCCACCCGUAUUUCCAACAUCUUUGUCAUCGGUGAGGGCUCAAAGCCCUGGAUAUCACUACCCAAAGGCAAGGGUACGAAGCUCACCAUCUCGGAGGAGAGAGAUCUCAGGAGGAGACAACGGGCUGCCGAGCAAUAG